UGGAAAAAAAAAAGGAAAAAGAAAAGAAAAGUAAACCAAAAAAAAAAAAAAAUGUCGUCGUCUUCAAUUCUUCGCGCCUCUCCUCUAAUCAUCACUCGUUUCUCCUCUCUCUCUCGAUUCCCUCGCAAGAUUCCGCCAAGAUUCCAUUAUAAAAGAAUCUCGUUCCUCUCCUCUUCUCAUCCCCCUUCGAUUCCUUCUCCAAUUUCUUGCUAUUCUUCUUCUUCUACCGCUCAAUUCGAAACCCUAACUCCCGAAACCACUCCCAAAUCCAAGUCCUCACUGCAAUGGAUCUCAAGAACGGCGAAUUGCGGCGAAUUAGGGCUCGGAGACGUCGGGAAGCGAGUCACGCUCUGCGGAUGGGUGGCGCUUCAUCGGAUUCACGGGGGAUUGACGUUUUUGAAUCUUAGGGAUCAGUCUGGGAUCGUUCAGGUUACGACGUUGCCUGAUGAGUAUCCGGAGGCUUAUGAGGUUGCAAAUAAGUUGAGGGUUGAGUAUGUGGUUGCGGUUGAGGGGACUGUUAGGGCUCGGCCGGGUGAGUCUGUGAAUAAGAAGAUGGUGACUGGGGAUAUAGAGGUUGCUGCGGAGCAUGUUGUAAUUUUAAAUUCUGUAAAUCGUGCAUUACCUUUUCAAAUUACGACUGCAGAUGAUGUGAAAGAUGUCAUAACAGAAGAGAUCCGUUUGAGAUAUCGGUUCCUUGAUUUACGACGGGCACGAAUGCAGUUCAAUCUGAGGUUGCGACACAGGGUGGUCAAGCUCAUCAGGCGAUAUUUAGAGGAUAUUCAUGACUUUGUAGACAUCGAGACCCCAAUAUUGUCUAAAUCAACACCCGAAGGUGCACGAGACUAUCUUGUACCAUCACGUGUUCAGCCAGGAUCAUUCUAUGCUUUACCUCAAAGCCCACAGUUGUUCAAGCAAAUGCUGAUGGUGUCUGGAUUUGAAAGAUAUUAUCAGAUAGCGAGGUGUUUUCGUGAUGAGGACCUUAGAGCUGACAGACAACCUGAGUUCACACAGCUAGAUAUGGAAUUGGCUUUUACACCAAUGGAAGAGAUGCUAAGACUGAAUGAGGAUCUGAUAAGACAUGUAUUUUGUGAGAUAGCUGGAAUCCAGCUCCCCAGUCCUUUCCCGAGGAUUACAUAUGCUGAAGCUAUGAGUAAAUAUGGUUCAGACAGGCCAGAUCUCCGCUUUGAUUUGGAACUGAAAGAUGUCAGUGAUAUUUUUAGAGGAUGUGGUUUCAAGAUUUUUGCAGAAUCCAUAGAAAGCGGUGGCAUUAUUAAAGCACUUUGUGUACCUUCAGGUUCCAAAAGAUUUUCAAACACGGCCCUGAAAAGGGGUGACAUAUAUACUGAAGCAAUAAAAUCUGGAGCAAAGGGUUUGCCUUUCCUGAAGGUCCUGGAUAAUGGUGACCUAGAAGGUAUUCCAUCACUGGUAUCCAGUCUCGGGUCUGAUGAGAGGGAGAGGUUGUUGAGCCUUUUCCAUGCAGAGGCUGGUGACCUUAUCUUGUUUGCAGUGGGUCACCAUUCUGCAGUCAACAAGACUCUUGACAGACUUCGAUUGUUUGCCGCUCAUCAGAUGGGAUUGAUCGACAAUACAUGUCAUUCAAUUUUGUGGGUAACGGACUUUCCAAUGUUUGAGUGGAAUGCUAUGGAACAGAGAUUUGAGGCUCUGCACCACCCUUUUACUGCACCAAAUCCGGAAGAUAUUGAUGAUAUUUCUUCAGCUCGUGCAUUAGCUUAUGACAUGGUCUACAAUGGAACUGAGAUUGGUGGUGGCAGUUUGAGAAUUUAUAAACGCGAAAUUCAGGAAAAGGUUCUAGAGAUAGUUGGUAUUUCUCCAAAGCAGGUAUCAAACCCCCAUAUGUGGCCCAACGCAUGGCCUUGGGUAUUCCACGAAAUUAAAUUCCUGUGUGCUCCCCAGGAGAGUCAAACUAGAGACCUUGGAGUACGACUCAUAGGUAGCUUACCAAUUCGGCUAGACCCUCUUUGAUUUAGUGCUUCUCCAGUUUUCCUGCAAUUUCGCCUAGUAAUUUUUUUUAAUCGUGCUUGUUUAUGCAAUUUAUUUUGUUUGGUCAUGUUUGUUUUACAAAUUACAUCUCUCAUAUCUUUCUCUCUCCCACGUUUCUGCCCUCUCCUUUUCUACUGAGACAUACCUUGAUCUCCAUACACAUGUGGCCUUUUUUUAAUUAUGCUGGAAAGUCCCUUUUUUUUUAAUCAUGCAUACUGUUGUCGACUCUCUUUUUUCAUGACUUCACCAUGUAGUGUGCAAGUUGGAGAAUGACUUUAGAAAAUCAUAAAUUGCUGUCAAAAACCCCAAAAUGAACAUGAAUUGUGUCAGUAGAAUAAAAUGCUGAGUAGGCUGCCAAGGUAGCCCUUAAUAGAACUGAGCGGAUAGGAGGGAUUCGUUUAACUGAUCUUAGAAAUUUUGGAUAAAAGCUUUGGUGUUUUUCAUAGAGUUGGAUAUUCCUUGCAAAUCAAAAGAUGAUAUGAGACACCAUGUACUCUUUGAUUGUUGGCCUGGGCUAGUUUCUUCAUAAGAACUGGUCCUGCUACUCCCUAGAAUUUGUCAGUCAUAUCUAAAAGCCUCCACUUGUAUGCACACAAACUUAGUUUGUUUAUGCAAAGUAGAUAGACACAUUCAAGAUCACUAAUUUGAUUAAAUGUCGUUUGGAUCACUAGCUGAGCUUUGCAUAUACUGAUUAAGAUAUUGUAUUCGGAUCACACCUUGAUGACGUGAUGUGCUAAUAGAUUGGAACAGAAGUGUAAAAUGGAAUUUGGAUUGUUUUGAGUAAUCUUCCCAUUAAGGCUUACUUAUUGCUAAAGCGUAAAGUAUGAUUAACAUUAACAGAUAGAAAAAUCCAAGAACUUGUUGUGUUCUAGGUUUGUGUACAUAUUUGCAUCGGUUAUAUGCCUACACCCACACUUAAGCAACGGUACGGAGCAUUGAGACUGUUCAGUUUCUUUGAUGA